UCCUGCUGCUACUACAUACAGUCAUGGCGUCUGCUGAUCUGAGAGAGGAGCUAACCUGUCCCAUCUGCUUCAGCAUUUACACAGAUCCUGUAACUCUCAGCUGUGGCCAUACUUACUGCCUGAGCUGUAUUAACAGAACAUGGGACCACCAGGAUGAGGGAGAGUAUUCCUGUCCUGAAUGUAAACAAGGGUUUAGGAGGAGACCUGAACUCAAAAGGAACCUGAGGCUGCGUAAUAUAGCAGAGACUUUCCAACCUACUGAGUCUGUAAAUGAUACUGGGAUCUUCUGCACUUACUGUACUCACCCUGCUGCUAAAUCCUGUCUGCUGUGUGAGGCGUCUUUUUGUGAUUUUCACCUGAGGGUACACAGCAAGUCUGAGAAACACGUCUUAACUGAACCCACCACUUCCUGGGGUAACAGAAAAUGCUACAAACACAAGAAGCUCCUGGAAUAUUACUGCACUGAGGAUGCUGCCUGUAUCUGUGUGUUCUGCUCCCUGGCCGGAGAGCACAGGGGACACCAGGUGGAGCUGCUGAAUGAGGCUUCUGAGAAGAAGAAAAAGAGACUGAGAGAUGUUCUGCAGAAACUGACCACAAAGAGAGAGAAGACUGAGAAAAGAGUUCAGAGUCUGCAGGAGCACAGGAGAGGGGUGCAAGAGAAAGCAGCUGAUGUAACAGAGCGACUCAAUGCCCAGGUUAAGGAUAUAAUGAAACAGCUGGAAAAAGAGAAGGACGAGCUGACCAGGAAGAUGAGUCACAUUGAGGAUCUGUGCAACAUGACUGACCCAUUAACUGUCCUACAAGAACAGGAAUCACACAGAGAUGACUUUUGUGGUGCUGAGAAUGGAGAUAAUGAGGUCACACAAACAGGUGAUAAACAGGUCCCUGCUGGGGGGGAUUUGGAUGAGGGUCUGAUCUCACUGACCUUAUACAGAGGUAUAGCUGAUAUUGUGUAUGAUGUAAAGAGAUGGAUCUAUUUGCAGGUGCCAUCAGAUAUUUUACUGGAUAUAAACACAGCUAAUAAUAAUGUUAUUGUAUCAGGUGACCUGAAAACUGUAUCCUGGCCACGAAUAAACCAGCAGCGACCAACAAGAAGAGAGAGAUUUAUUGAAACCAGGAGGUUAUAUAGAGGUUCAUUUGAUAAUAUGACUGAUGUAAAGAGAGGUAUCUAUGUGCAAGUGACCUCAGACAUAAUACUGGAUAUAAACACAGCUAAUAAUAAUGUUAUUGUAUCAGAUGACCUGAAAACUGUGUCCUGGUCACGUAUAAACCAGCAGAGACAAAUAACACCAGAGAGAUUUACAGAUCAUCCUCAGGUAUUAAGCAUCAGGAGCUUUUCCUCAGGACGACAUUACUGGGAAAUGCAGACCAGUAAAGCAGGGCACUGGUGUGUAGGGGUUUGUUAUACCAGUAUGGGGAGGGGAGGAGAUGAGUCUGUGAUAGGAAAUAAUAAGAAGUCCUGGUGUUUGUAUGGUGGUGAUAAAGAUCUUGUAGUGCUACAUGACAGAAUAUACACACCAUUAUCUAAGCCUCUAUCAUAUGACAGAGUAAGAAUAUACCUAGACUAUGAGGCUGGGCGUCUGACCUUUUAUGAGCUGUGUGACCCAAUCAGACACUUACACACCUUCAGUACCACCUUCACUGAGCCUCUUCAUGCUGCGUUUUGGAUACAUUAUGAUGCCCAGGGUGAGAAUCCUGCGCUAAAUACACUCACAAUAAAUGCAACCCCUGAAUGGAAACAUUGAAGCAAAGGGAAUAUGACUCUGCAUUGGCCUUAGUGGAGGGGUCAGAGUUAGGGCAUAAGGUGGAGUUGUGGGGAAGCUGAUAAGUAGGGGUUAAGACAGGAAGUAACUUAUCUUUAGGAACUGAAUGGAGAGAAUAAGCUACUGCCCUCCCUCCUUUGUGGUAAUGGCUUAUAGUCACAGCUUUGUUUGGGGGGUUUGUCUGGAGUCAUGGAUAAGUGGCAUGGCUUUUACUGCGUACCCCCUGUUUUACUAAUGGGGGCGAUACAUAUAGGGUUGCCAGGUGUCCUCCCUAGAAAUACUGGGCACCCACUGUAUAAACAGAGAGCGGGGGGGGGGGGGGUUAUGGCACACAUUUUAUUUAUUUAUAUAUUUACACUCACAUAUAUAUAUAUAUAUAUAUGUGCGUGUGUGUAGGUAUCUUUGCAUAGAUAUAUAUGUAUGUGUAUAUAUAUAUAUAUAUAUAUAUAUAUAUAUAUAUAUAUAAAAGAAAGUAAAUCCUCUUACUGGUUUAGCCAAGGUGAGGAAGAGGUAAAUCAUUGAAAGGCACAUAAAGCACUGCUACGGAGUAAAAUUAAAACGUAUACUUUUAUUAAAGUCAGUUUAAAACAAACACAGCAGUUGAGUGCAUGGCGGUGACCAGGGAGCGUAGGUACUAACUGAGGGUGACGUCAUCUUAUGCUUUUCACGCCUUUCUGGCACUUUGACAAAGCUUUUACUCUGUAUCAGUGCUACCUCCCCUUGUCUAUACUAGUAAGGGGAUUUUCUUUCUUUUAUUUAUAUAUAUAUAUUCACACACACAUAUACUGUAUAUAUUACAUUAUUUUAUGCCAGAAAUAAGUGAAGUGAAUGUUAAAGAAAACUAUUAAAAAGCAAUGAAUAAAAAUGGCAUCUAAUGUUUUAAGGGUGAUCAGGAAAUUAACAUUUUUACUGUACAUUUUACACUAACACUGUUUAAAUCCCUGAACUGCACAUCUUCUUUAUACAGCCAUCUAGCAUACAAUGGGUUAAACAGUUUGUUUUACUUGGCUAAAGAAAGGUGACACUGCAAAUUGCAGCUUACAGCUCAGCAGUACUAGUAAGGAAGAGGGCAGUUCCUUUCUGUGAGGGAGAACCUCUUCUCUGUGCAGACCCCCACCCUGCGGCCACUACACAAAGGAAAUGUAAGGAUCAGUGGGAGUGUUCUUGUGUGUGUGAAACAAAUGUUGUAGUUAUAGGUGUUUUAUCUUAUGCAAGAGGCACUCCCUGACUCUACCAUUGUGCACAUAACAACAGGUUGAUAUGGUUCAUACCAACUGAUAAUCUCAAUAUCACACAAUACGAACAUUAUACACUCAUUUUUUCUUUGCAUAAAUGUUUUGUAGAUGAUCUAUUUAUAUAGCCCAUAAAGUUUUUUUAAAUAAAUGUAUAGUUUUGCUUAUUUUUAAAUAACAUUGCUCUGAUUUUCUGACUCCUAACUAGGGUUGCCACCUGCCCCAGUUUCACCGGGACAGUCCCGGUCUGAGGCUCUCUAUCCCAGAACUAGCCUCAAAUGCCCCGGGCUAAGCACUCCCCUGGCGCAGCAGUGAACAGACUUACAAAACAUUAGCUGGCCAGAGGAGUGCUUAGCCCGGGGGUUACAGCCAGCAGCAUGUGAUAGGAUUCCUCUGUUAGCAGAAUGAGCACUUAGUCUAUUUGCAAACUUUUUAUUUCAGUCUGCUACUACAAAACGGGUAGGAACUCAGGAGGGAGUCUGCAGGAGAGAGUGAGGAGAUUGGUGUGGGAGUCGGACAGUGGGAGGGGGAAGAGGGUCGAGGGAGUCGUCACAUCCGGCUGCAGCUGAGAGCGGCAGAGAGAGCCUCGAAGCAGGUGUUGGUGCGGUGGCCGCGUUGUUACCUUCAUGGUACCACCUCCCGUCGACUGUGCAGCAGCCUUCCUAAGCCAACAAGUGCAGAGCAGCCACAGACUCAGAGAAACUGUGAGUAAUACUUGGCUGUGUCUGCUGUUAUUUCAAAUUAGUAUGGUCAUUUUUUUUUGUGGGGGCUUAAUUAUGUGUGUAUAUAUAUAUAUAUAUAUAUAUAUAUAUAUACAUAUAAAUUGAUUUCAUAAUGAAUUUGAGGCAGCGAGAAGCCAUGCCCCAAGCCACACCCCAAGCCACACCCCCAAUCCACACCGUCUCCACGCUCACUUAAAAAGUGUCCAGGAAUUUUCUGGGCAAAAGAUGGCAACCCUACUCCUAACCAAGCCCCAAAGUUUCAUGAGAAUACCGUCAGCUACCUACUACAGCUUGCUCCUGUUUGUGUAAAGGGUCUUUUCAUAUGCAAAAGAAGGGGGGGGGUCUCUUAUUUCCCACUUGCAGUGGACUUUCCAGCUACCUUUUCAACAGAGAUAAACUGAGAGCUUCUAAGUAAGUUUUUAAACAGUUUUAUACUGGAUUUUGAUAUCAGUAUCUGUGCAUCUUAUUAUUUAUAGUAGUGUCUAUUACAUGCAGUUAUAUGAAAAUUAGUGUAUACUGUCCCUUUAAAAGAGGAGGGGUUUGGCUUAACUUUUUAAGACCUGUAAAGGAAGUCUAAAUCCUUUUUCUACUUGUUCCUUUGAUGAAUUCCCACCCUAUCCCUCCCUUAGUAAUCUAUAGGUGGCAAUCAUUAGUAGGAUCUAUCACUAGGGUGAAUCCUUUAGUGUUAGGGGAGACCGAGGCAUGAUGAGGGCUAGCCAGCCUAUUUCUUACAAGACCAAAGACGGUGCAUUUCAGCUCCCCAGAUGUUCAAUGUGGUUUACACCUAGUUGACCCUGGUCCUAAUGGUCUGGAGUGGUGGGUUAGCACCCUGGGCUGGAGGUUGGACAGUGUUCAGGGACAGGAUGUGAUCGAGGUAGAGUGACAGCUACUUCCGGACAGGCAUCUGGGGGGUCCCCUGUCUGUGUGAUUCAAAGCAGAGAACUCCCUAAGCCAUUCUUGCAUUGAGCUAUGCUCUGCUUAUUCUCCUGCAUCCCUGGUACUGCACAUCUUGUUAGUUUGGGUUACUACGCAUUAGCUAGUACCUGAUUGCCUCCCCCGGGUCCAUGUUAUUGGUGCUGUGCGUUGGGUUUCUUGUGUUGCCAAAAUAAACAUGACCUGUGGGUUUUAUAACCAUGAA